AUGGAUAGCACACUAACAUUUUAUGUGAACGGGGAAAAGGUCAACGUGUUGGAACCCGACCCAGAUAUGUCUCUGCUGACCUAUUUAAGAGACAUUUGUGAGUUUUUCUUUAUUAAUAAUAUUUGGAUAUUGUUUGGGACAAAAUACGGAUGUGGAGAGGGUGGGUGUGGGACUUGCACAGUGCUCCUAACGAAAAUCGUCAACAAUGUCCCGAAACACCUCAGUCUCAACUCCUGCCUCAUCCCAUUGUGUGCCAUGCAUGGAGCCGCCGUAACAACCGUGGAAGGCAUCGGGUCGAUCGGGACACGACUACAUCCUGUUCAGGAGGUGCUGGCGGAGAAGCACGGCACCCAGUGUGGCUACUGCAGUCCUGGCUUCGUCAUGUCCAUGUACGUCCUUCUCUGCAACAAUCCACACCCCCGUGAGUUGGAUAUCGAAGAAGCACUUCAAGGAAACUUGUGUCGAUGCACUGGCUACCGACCGAUCGUGCAAGGCUUCAUUUCAACAUUCGCUCGUCAUGUUAGUCUUUUAACGUCAGCCAAUUCUUUGCUGUUGUUGAAGUCCAAAGGCUGCUCUGGACAGGAAGAUAUGAGGGAGGGAGAACUGGAUGGCUCUACUGGAAACAAGAGAACCAACCAUGAAAAGAAUGGGAACACCGUUUUGCACACUAUCAACAAUAACUGGAAAAAGUCUCCAAAACUGGAUUCACAAUACCUUUGUUUCAAAUCCAAUCACGUGACUUGGUACCGACCCACAAAACUGAAUGAACUUCUGUAUUUGAAGGUCAAACACCCUCAAGCUAAACUUGUCGCUGGGAACACGGAGAUCGGCAUAGAGACUCGUUUCAAGAACAUGGAGUACCCUGUGAUCAUUUACGAUCCUGUGGAAUGCUGUCACGGAAAGAAAGAUGGCGAUGGUGAUCAAAAUAUUUGGGUUGGUGCUUCCGUUACUUUGGAAAGUUUGGAAGAGUUUCUGGAUGGAAAAAUAUCCUCCUUACCAGAAUGCCAAACGAGACUGUUUGCAGCCAUGAAGAAGGUGUUGCAGUUGUUUGGCAGUCAGCAGAUCAAAAACGUCGCCUCGCUAGGUGGAAACCUGAUGAAUGCCAGUCCAAUCUCAGACCUGAUACCCCUACUCGUUUGCGCCAGAUCAAAAAUGACCAUCGCUUCAGAAAGAGGUCAGAGAGAAAUUGUUUUGAAAGAAGACUUCUUCACUGGCUACCAACAGGUUGCCAUGGACCCGCAGGAAGUUCUCCUUCACAUCAGUCUGCCAUAUUCUCGUCCAUUGGAGUACUUCUGCAGUUUGAAGAUGUCUCGGAGGAGGGAGGAUGAUGUGGCCAUCGUCAACUCCGCUCUGUGGAUCAGAUUCAAACGUCAGUCACACAACCUCCAUGGAAGUUUCGUAGUUGAUGACGUCAUAAUAGCGUACGGAGGCAUGAGGGGGAGUGUUUUUGUGGCCACCAAUACGAUGAACGUUCUCAGAGGAAAAAAAUGGAACGAAACUUUACUGGAUGAGGCGGUUUCAUCUCUGUCGAAGGAGACGUCGUUGAAGAUGGGGUCGCCAGGGGGCAUGGAGGCCUACAGGUCGACACUUGCACUUUCAUUCUUCUUCAAGUUCUUCGUCCAUGUGUCUUUACAGAUGAAAAAUGAUUACUUCGAUAAACCUGUUCUUCCGCCAUCUUUGAACGCUAGCAACAACAACAACGACAACAAUAACAACAGCAGCAGCUAUUCAACAACCAGUAACAACUGCAACAUAAACAGAACUUUUGAAAAGAAACAGGUCGGUGGAUUGAGCAUUGUAGGACAGCCUGUGAUGCACUCAUCUGCUUUGAAACACUGCACAGGAGAAGCUGUCUACGUUGAUGACAUGCCUCGUUAUAAAGAUGAACUCUUUCUUUCAUUCGUCCUGAGCACAAAAGCUCAUGCGAAAAUUCUCGAAAUUGAUUACUCUGAAGUUUUGAAAUGCGAUGGAGUAGCUGGUGUGAUGGAGUUCCAUGAUGUCAAUGGCAUCAAUUUGUAUGCAAAAAUUUUCAAAGAUGAUGAUAUCACAAGUUCAAAUACCGUCAUAACCCAACACCAACCAAUACUCGGCGUACUUUCGCGCACAAAAAUUGAAGGCAGGAGGGCAGUUAAAAAGGUCAAAGUUCAAUAUGAAGAACUUGCACCCAUUUUGUCAAUAAAGGAAGCUAUUGAAAAUAACUCGUAUUUGGGUUCCUUACCGCCCUUUCAAAAUGGUUAUCCCCUAACUGUGAUGAAGACGUGUGAGUUUGUCAUCGAAGGGGAAGUUAGUUUGGGUGGCCAGGAACAUUUCUACUUAGAAACAAACGCUUGUCUCGUAGUUCCUCUCGAAGAUGGGGGCGUCGAAGUUUGGAGCUCCACUCAAAAUCCUCAGGAUGUUCAGAGAGUGGCUGCCGAUGUAUUGGGAGUGUCAUCCAGCAAAGUUAUGGUCCGAGUUGGAAGGAUAGGUGGAGGAUUUGGUGGCAAGGAAAACAAACCACUCCUCAUCUCACUACCUUCCAUUGUUGCCGCUAAGAAGUUCAACCGGCCCAUACGAUGCACGCUGGACAGAGAUGAGGAUAUGAUGGUCACCGGCGGCAGACAUCCCUUCCUUGCUAAAUAUAAAGUAGGUUUCAGAAAAGACGGUCACAUAGAGGCACUGGUCAUCAGUCUCUACGCCAACUGUGGAUGCUCCAAAGAUGCCUCUGACGCGGCGAUGGAGAAGGUGACCUUCCAGUUGGACAACAUGUACCACUUCAGGGACAUCCUCAUCGACAGGUUCAUGUGCAGGACAAACCUGCCCUCCAACACCGUCUUCAGGGGAUCGGGAGCUCCACAGGCCACCUUCAUUUGCGAGACCAUCAUGGAACACGUCGCCUGCCAUUUAAAACUGCCCUCUCUUGCGGUCCGGGAGCUGAAUAUGUACAAAUGUGGAGAAAGCACCAUGUACAAUCAGUUAGUGGACUGUGAAAAAAAUUUACGAAAUUGUUGGUUCCUAACAAAGGAUGGCUCUCAGUAUGAUAAACAGUUGAAAGAAAUUGAAGAGUUUAAUAGAACGAGCAGGUGGGUGAAGAGAGGCCUCAGUUUGAACGGCAUGAAGUAUGGCAUCGGCUUCCCUUUGUCCUUCUACCACCAGGCAGGUGCACUGAUUAAUGUUUACAGAGACGGAUCGGUUUUGCUAUCUCACGGGGGUACGGAAAUGGGACAAGGUUUACACACUAAAAUGAUCCAAGUUGCAGCAGAAGUUUUGCAAAUCAGUACAUCCCUUGUCCACAUCCAUGAAACCAAUUCCCACAUCAUUCCCAACUCCAGUCCCACUGCAGCCAGUUCAAGUUCGGAUCUGUACGGCAUGGCAGUCGUGUUGGCCUGUGAGAAAAUAAUGAAAAGAUUGGAGCCCUACAUGAAAUCUAAACCAGAGGGAGGAUGGAAAUCGUGGAUCGAAAGAGCUUUCAUCGAUCGUGUUCAGUUAACAGCUACAGGAUUUUAUAAAAAAGCGUUCAACUCACACGACAUCAAGAGUAACAAGGGUCUGAUGUACCACUACUACUCAGUUGGUGCAGCUUGUUCAGUCGUAGAAAUCGAUUGCCUGACUGGUGCUCUGCAGGUCCUGCGAACAGACAUCGUGAUGGAUGUGGGUAAAAGUUUAAACCCGGCAAUUGACGUCGGUCAGAUUGAAGGGGCUUUCGUUCAAGGGUUUGGUUUGUACACGAUGGAGGAAUUGAAAUAUUCUGCUGAUGGCAGGUUGUUAAUGAAUGGACCAGGAGUUUAUAAAAUACCGACCCUAUGCGACACCCCACGUGUUUUUAAUGUCACUCUGUUGAAGAAUUCAAAAAAUCUUAAAGCCGUGUAUUCGUCGAAGGCAAUCGGUGAGCCACCUCUGCUGUUGGCAGUUAGCGUUGUAGGAGCUAUUCGCCAUGCAAUUACAUCUGCUCGUCAUGAUGCAGGCCUAACAAAUGAAUGGUUCAGACUUGACUCCCCUGUAACCUGUGAGCGAAUCAGAAUGGCCUGUACGGACCAAUUCACGCAUUUGUUCAAAGAAGACGAUGUAGAAAAUUACAAGCCAUGGUACAAAGAUAUUAUUUAA